AUGGCAUCGAUCGUCGUCGCUGCAAGUGCCGUUGGCCUCAUCGGCGGGCUCGUUCUCGUGCUCUGCGCACUUCGCCCGCUUCUUUGGCUCGUUCGCACCAAAGCCGUCAGCGAUAUCUCGGUCGCAUGGACAGCGCUGCAUGCCGCUGGCCUCGUCUGCUCGUGCGUCUACCUUGUCCUCUUGGAGGUGUGGGCCGGCGCGUUUCCGUUGGCUCUCGAGGCCUUCCUUGCAUUGCUUACGGUGCCACUGCUCGUAUACUUUCGACUCCGGCGUCCAGCUCAGUGCCGACCAAAGCCGCGCCGGCGCCAGCGGUCGCUCUCGCGCGGCGGCCCCAGAACCGUCGACUUCAACGACGAAGUGCAGUGCGCAGAGGCCGC